AUGUCUCUUAGAGAAGUUGUUUACUGUGGUGUAUGCUCUUAUCCACCAGAAUACUGUGAAUUCACAGGUAAAUUAAAACGUUGUAAAGUUUGGUUAAAGGAAAACCAUCCUGAACGUUAUACUCAAUUAUAUGGUGCAAAUGAUGAAGAAGAAGAAGAAGCCAAUGAUGUUGCAGCUGUUGGUAAGAAAUUAGGUGAAUCUAGUAUUGGUGAAGAAAGAGAAAAUAAAUUAGAGAAGGAUCUAUUGAAAUUACAAACUAAACAAGAAAACAGAGAACAAAGAGAAUUAGCUAAGAAAUUAUCAUCAAAAGUUAUCAUUAAGAGAGAAGCUAGAACUAAGAGGAAGUUUAUUGUUGCUAUUUCUGGUCUAGAGGUCUUUGAGAUCGAUAUGAAGAAAUUGGCUAAGACAUUUGCAUCUAAAUUUGCUACUGGUUGUUCUGUCUCCAAGAAUGUCGAAAAGAAAGAAGAAGUUGUCAUUCAAGGUGAUGUUCUUGAAGAUGUUGAAGCUUAUAUCCAUUCUUUGUUAAAGGAGAAAGGUAUGGAAAAUGUGAAAGUGGAGACAAUCGAUACAAAGAAAAAGAAGAAACCAACUACUGAAACUAAAUAA